CAUGAAUAAAGAAAACAAAAGAAGGUGAUACGUAGAGAGAAAAAGAAGGUGAGAAGUAAGGGUCUGGUGUUGGUGUGUGAACAUAAAAAAGAGAGAGGUUGUGUUUAACGUACAUUGUAAUCCAUUAAAGGCCUUGCAAAUCACGCAACAGGGACGACCAACCCCUUUUUUUGUUUGUCUAUCCAAAACACACACGCCUCUCUUCACUCUUGUUAUAUUGAUAACACCAGACCAAACUGCAGAGAGAAUUAAACAAAAAUAGAAGAUGAAGGUUCUAGAGAAGUGGUUGGCCUUGAUGUACCCAAGAGUGCAAGAAGGAAGAGAGGAAGAGUGCUGCAGUGUGUGUCUGAUGAGAAUGGAGGAAAAAGAUCACGUCAAGUCUCUACCUUGUUCCCACGAGUUCCAUAGUCUCUGCGUCGACACAUGGUUCAAUGUCAGCCGCAAGAUUUGCUGUCCUCUUUGUCGCUUUUCGCCCGCUACCAUUCUCCUCACGGAUGAACUUCUCCUCUGGUUCUCUUCUUUCCAUUUCUGAUUCCUUCCUGUUUUUUUUUUCUUCUUCUUGGGAUUUAACACCUUUUUCUCUAUGUAAUUCCCCUUGAUUCUCAGAAAAAAAAAAAUGAGAAAGUCUUGUAAAUAAAUUGUUGAUUGCCAAUUUUACCUCUUCUUGAUCACAACAAAAGAUAUGUGAUAAAAAGCAAUGUGAAUCACAUAUCACAUAUCUUUUGAUCCAGAUUUCUACUCUCUCUUGUACUGGAGAUCCUCUGCUCCAGAAAGACGAGGACUGUAAAUGAUUUGUAUCAUGUGAUCAUGCAAUUCUAUUUCUCUCUUGUAGUCUACAACCA